AUGUCAUCCUCCUCCCAAAACGAUGGCAUCGUUAACGUUUUAAUAGCGCUCGGUCCGUUGUCGCAAGACGACGUGAACUGUUCCAUAAUCGAGUAUUUCUCACGCCAUUUGGCAUCUCCCAAAGUCAAGGCGUUCGUGUUUUCGUACUGUCCUCAAAGCCCGCACACCGCGAACGAGAAAGAAGAACUCUCUCUCGAUGCGGAGACGAAACGUAAAGGAUGCAGGAAAGCACCCGUGAGCGUUUUGGACGACGCGCGUUUGAAGAAAAAAGUCGUGGACGUUCCCGGCGCGUCGCUGGAGAAGACGCUCGUUCCAGAGUUUAUGCCCUUGGGUGGGAAGCUGAGAGCGAGUUUGUUCGCGCUGGAGUCGGGGGCGAACGUGAACGCGAUUGAAGUCUUCGAGGUGGAUCCGGAAAGCGGAUUUCCGCACGCCGCGGCGGCGAUUCAGGGCAUAUGCGACGGCGCGUUUGCAAAGAAAUCGAGCGCUUUGCCUGGAGAGCGAAAGGAGGAACCAGAGCCGGCGUUUUUCGUACCGAGACCGGAUUACGUGUUGAUGGGAACGCACGGGAAGAGUUUACUGGAACGUUUCGUGGUCGGGAGCGUCGCAACCAACGUGUUGCACAACGUCGACGUGCCGAGCAUCUUUUACCGUCAGAACGUGGAGUUUAAGGAGAAACCGGUUGCUGGCGUAAAAACAGAAGGGGAGGCGUAUCAAAAGUACGCGGUCGAGACGCCUCCUAAGGGAGAAGGCGAGGAAGGCGAGAAACGCGAGGCCGAUCAACAACAACAACAACAAAGAAACGUUGUAUUGUUGGGGAUCUGUGGUACGCAAUCGUCGAUCGAUGUGGUUAAAUUCUACGUCAAAAAGCUCGCGCGCGAAAACGACGACGUCAUCUUAGCGCACGUUCCGAUGAAAGAACAAACCAUGCGCUCGAAACACGUCACGCAAUCAGACGUCACUCUUAACCUCGAGACGUGUAAGAAACUCGUCGAAGUGUUCGUGAAAGACAACAAGUGCGAAGAAACGUUUCGUUUACGCGACGUCAUCAACCUCGGCACCAAAACGAACAAAACUUCGCCGCGAGUCCUCGAUCCGAGAGAACAGCUCGUCGAAGCCGCGAAAGGUUUCGGCGCGACCAUGUUACUCGUCGGUCGAUCCGCGUUCGGGGACCAAAACUUAUUCGGGAAGAUGUUCUACGUCGGCACGUUGCCUUUGUUUUGCACGCAAUACAGCCCGUGCCCGGUGUGCGUGUAUAAUCCUCCCAGGGAGGAACGCAAGGCGAAAAGUUACCAGUCAUUUUAG